AUGGAGAUGCGGGGUAUCGAUCCCCGUACCUCUCGCAUGCUAAGCGAGCGCUCUACCAUCUGAGCUACAUCCCCGUCGGCCAUCAUUGUUGAAACAUAUGAUUAAGUAGCUCAUGGAGUGAAACUAAGACGUCCAGGCAACCCCCGGGCCUUGAAACCAGCGCGUUCAGAGUUCCCACAAAUUAAGGAACGCGCACGGGACGUGACUGUGAAGUCGUCAGUUUAUUCUUCUGUAGCUCCCACUUUAUUCACUGUAGGAAUUUCACACGACAACAUAUAUGAUAUAUCCACGGUGCAUUGCAAAUAUUUCAAGUGCAGAAGUUGAACUUUGAGCUUAUAAAUAUCAACCAAAAUCCACGGACGAGGGCAGGAAGCAAAGAUACAAGUCCUGAAGUUGUUUUUGUGUGCUUUGAACUAACACAGAGAAUGGAGAAGGUGCAGGAACUAGAGUGGGCUGAAGCACAGAAGAUUGCAAUAAGUGAAGACUUGGUAGCUGCAGCUAAACAGCAGCUACAAUUUCUUGCUGAGGUCGAUAGGCAUCGCCAACUCUAUGACGGCUCUGCUUUAAACCGAGCUAUUCAUAGGUACAAAUACUGUUGGCUUCCUUUGCUUGCCAAACAAGCAAAGUCUCAGGUAUCAGAAGGCCCUUUGGUCGUGCCACUUGAUUGUGAAUGGGUUUGGCAUUGCCAUAAGCUCAAUCCGGUGCGCUACAAAAAUGACUGCAAGGAACUCUAUGGGAGAAUCCUUGGCAGCCAGAAUGUUGUAUCCUCCACUCAAGCUUCCUGCAAAAAGCAGACUGAAGAAAUAUGGAGCAGGAUGUAUCCUUGUGAACCUUAUGAAUUGAAUCUGAGCACACAAAUAUCAGAAGAUAGCGGCAACAAUGUUCUGGGAGCUCAAAAAUCCACCAACUAUGAUCUGGUUUCAGCUGUCAAAAGGCAGAGUUCGUUCUAUUAUCAGGUGUCCAGAUCCCAUAUGAGUGAUGAUGUCUAUCUUGAAGGAGCUGUAGCUAGAUACAAGGGAUUUCUGCAUUUGAUAAAGAGAAACCAGGAGAAGUCGAUCAGCCAAUUUUGUGUCCCAACUUAUGACAUUGACCUUAUCUGGCACUCUCACCAGCUGCGUCCUGUUUCUUAUUGCAAAGAUCUGGUGGCAAUACUGGGGAGAGUAUUAGAGCAUGAUGAUACAGAUUCGGACAGAACUAAAGGCAAUAAGCUGGAUACUGGAUGUUUACAGACCACCAAACAGUGGGAAGAGACAUUCGGUUCCAGGUACUGGAGAGCAGGAGCUAUGUAUAGAGGCAGUGUUCCAUCACCUCUCACAAUCAAUGUGAGCCAUCUGGACAAUUUAAGCAAGGUGGUUGGUUCCAAUAAGUAUCAAAGUAUGCUUCAAAUUCCCAAGAAAAUGUUUACAGAGGUUAUGCUGGACAUUGUGGAUGUCAUAAACUUACCUGUCGGGUGUGAAGAAAACCUUUUUGCAACAUUUAGUAUGAAACAACCGGAUAUGUUUUUUAAAGGCAACAGAAGCAUAAGCAUCUUUCCCAAGGCAAAGGAGAGACAAGUAGCUAUUUUUCAGAGUGAGCCCAAAGGAGAACUUGUCUGUCAACUUAUGACAAAUUCAUCUUCAGUUCGUUAUCUUGCAAGGCCUGGCAGAGUAUUGGGCACAGCAUCAAUCUCUUUACAGGACCUUAUGAAACCAGAUUCUUCACUGUCAUAUGAAAGGUGGAUUGAGUUGUUUCCAAAUUCUGGAACUUUGAGUUCUCAGCCUAUCAAUCUACGCAUUGCACUGUCUUUUACUCCGCCAGUCCAAGCACCAUUCAUGCUGCACCUAGUUAAGGCACAUCGACAGGGUAAAGGGUGGACAUGCAUAGUGGACGACGCUGGCAAUGAGAUCAUGUCCCUUCAAAUGAGGGAUUCAAUGAAAGUGGAGGCAAAAUAUGGCUACCUUUUCAAAAAGGAAGCUGUUGGCAUGACUACUUCUGGUGAAACUCCUAUACUUGCAGAGUUUCUUGGAGCAGGAUGGUCUCUGCUAAACUCUACCUGGCGGUUUCAGCUUCAGAAUAAACUCAAUAAUGUUGGUCAGAUCUUUGAGCUUACAGGUCGCCAAAAGGUGGUUAUUUUACCUGGUAGAAAAUUGGAGUAUGAAAAUGGAAGCUGUGAGAAGCAUAAAAGGGCAGAGAACAUGAUGACAGCAGUUGAAUUCUCUGCAAAACAUCCUUAUGGAAGAGCUGUGGCAUUAUUCAAUUUGAAGUCUGGCUUUGUGCAGAUCAAUGAAGAAUGGCUAGUAUUUCCUGGGAUACUGUUGGCCUUUUUACUUGCUAAUACUUUGAGGAAGGAAGGUGAUUUCAAUCUCAGUGCCAACAGGGAGAGUCCUAGAGAAUUGGAUGAUGCCUUAAAGCAAGCAAUGAUCUCAAAAAUGGAGAGUGACUUUGAUUGGGAGACUACUGGGUGCGAAAACUGUUAUGCUGUGCAUGCAAUUGGUGGAACCGAGUAUAACACAUCCAAUGCUGAAUGCAAAGUAGGAGAUAUAAUGAAGAGCACCACGUGCGGAGGCUGCGGUGGUCGUUGUGGGGGAGGGAGCUGUGGGGGUGGUUGUGGUGGUGGUGGCUGUGGGGGAGGGAGCUGUAGAGGUGGUUGUGGUGGGGGGUGUAAUAGCGGCCAUGAGACAAAAUAG